AUGAAGACCGGAAUCCAAAACGAAGAAGACAGACUCAGUGAUUUACCCGAUUCCGUUAUCCUUCACAUUCUCUCCUUUUUAAAAACCGAAGAAGCUCUUCAAACUUACGUACUCUCCAAAAGAUGGAAGAAUAUCCCAAGGCAUCUUCCAACACUUAUAUUUAAACCCUCACACUUCAACUAUGGCCAUAGUUUCGGAAAGUUUGUCUCUCAAAUUUUGUCUCUUCGCAAUCAUUCAACUCCACUCGACACUCUUGAUUGGAUGGAAUUUGAUCAAGAUUUCGUGGAGCCUGACAUACUCAAAAGUAUUUUGGAAUACGCUGUUUCACAUAAUAUCCAGCUAUUAAGAUUUUCUAUCACUUGUGAAAUUAAACAAUUUCCUUCUUGCUUUUUUUCAUCUAAAACUUUAACAUCUCUUGAUCUUAAUGUUCACACUAGUAUUGCAUUUAGUGGAAGGGCAUCAUUUCCAAAUUCUCUGAAUUUGCCUGCAUUAACUACAUUGGCUUUAAGAUCCUUCUACUUUUGUGCCGGUGAUGAUGGUUGCUCUGAGCCCUUCUCCGCUUUUAACAAGUUGGAUACUUUACUCAUUGAAGAUUGUCAACUUUUGGAUGCACAAAUUCUUUGUAUAUCAAGUACCACACUUAUCAAUUUAACUGUGAAUUAUGAGAUUGGAUAUAAUUAUCUUGAUAGUUACAAAUGCAAGUUAUCUACUCCGAGUCUUUGCAACUUGAAUUAUACUGGUGUUCUGAUUCAUAACCUAUGUCGUAGCGAUCUUUGUUCUCUUAAAGAUGUGUGCAUUGAUGUAUUCAAUCCAUAUUGUAGCCCAUAUAAAGAGUAUUAUCCAUUUGUACUCAACUUGCUUCUAGAGCUUGCGAAUAUCAAAUCAUUGACGGUGUCUUCUACUACUCUUCAGGUUCUCUUCUUUGUUCCUGAUUUAUUCAAGGUUAAACUCGCUUCCUUGUAUAACUUGGAAUCACUACAAGAUUAG